AUGACGGAUACCAACACAACUGCCUUCUCCAACCCCUCCACCUUCAUCUUACUGGGCUCGUGGCCUGGCAUUCCUGGCCUGGAGGCAGCCCAUGUCUGGAUCUCCAUCCCCUUCUGCACCAUGUAUGUCAUAGCCCUCUUGGGGAACUUUGCCAUCCUAUUUAUUGUGAAGAAGGAACCGAAGCUCCAUGAGCCCAUGUACUAUUUCCUCUGCAUGCUGGCCGUCACAGACCUGGUGCUCUCCACAACCACCCUGCCCAAAAUUCUGGCAAACUUUUGGUUCAAUUCCAGGGAGAUCGAUUUCAGUGCCUGUCUCACCCAGAUGUAUUUUGUUCAUUGCUUCGCAGACAUAGAGUCUGGGAUCUUUGCGGCUCUGGCGUUGGAUCGCUACGUGGCCAUCUGCCACCCCCUGAGACAUUCCACCAUCCUGACAAACUCCCUGGUGAUGAAGAUCGGCCUGGUCAUUGUGUUGCGCAGCAGCAUUCUUAUCCUGCCCCAUCCAAUCCUGGCAAGCCAGUGGCCAUAUUGCAGAAGCAACAUCAUCCCCAACACUCAGUGUGAGAACAUGUAUGUGGUGAAGCUGGCAUGUGGCGACACCCGCAUCAGUAGUUACUAUGCCCUCUUUGUGUUAUCCUGUAGGCUUGGACUGGAUGUGUUUUUUAUCAUUCUUUCUUAUAUCCAGAUCCUCAGGGCCAUCUUCAGCCUUCCCACAAAGGAGGCCCGGGUCAAGACUUUUGGGACCUGCAGCUCGCACCUCUGUGUCAUAUUAGCCUUUUACAUCCCAAUUCUAUUUGCCUCACUCUCCAGUCGUUUGGGCAACAAUUUGCCCCGUUAUUUCAACAUUUUCAUUGCUGACAUGUACCUCCUAGUUCCACCCACGCUGAACCCCGUCAUCUACGGGGUGAGGACAAAACAGAUCCGGGAAAAGCUGCUCCAAUUUUUUCUCCUAAAGGAACUAAAGUUUUCUCCUCAGGUUGUGGCUCUCAGGCCGAGAUCUGUUGGAGUGCUGGCUGGUGACAUAGAACUACUGACUGGCCAAUCAAAGAUAAUUUAA